AUGGAUGAGGAAGAGCACGAGGUGUACGGCGGUGAGAUACCCGACGAGGGCGAAAUGGAAGCCGACGCCGAUGUCGAUAUGCCGGCGGCCGAUGAUGACGCGGCCGCCAAGGAGCUGGACGAGAUGAAGAAGCGAUUGAAGGAGAUGGAAGAAGAAGCCGCUGCGCUUCGUGAAAUGCAGGCCAAAGUUGAGAAGGAGAUGGGUGCUGUUCAAGAUCCUGCUAGUGCUGCUGCUCAGGCAAGCAAGGAGGAAGUGGAUUCAAGAUCAGUCUUUGUUGGGAAUGUGGAUUAUGCAUGCACCCCGGAGGAAGUUCAGCAGCAUUUUCAAGCAUGUGGAACAGUCAACCGUGUGACCAUUUUGACUGAUAAGUUUGGUCAGCCCAAAGGUUUUGCGUAUGUUGAAUUUCUUGAGCAAGAGGCCGUUCAAGAGGCCCUGCAACUGAAUGAAUCUGAGCUGCAUGGGCGUCAAUUGAAGGUCAUGGCCAAAAGGACAAAUGUUCCCGGGAUGAAGCAAUACCGUGGAAGAAGAUUCAAUCCUUACUUUGCAUAUGGUUUUAGGAGACCCUAUGUACCCCCUUUUUACUCACCAUACGGCAAAGUUCCAAGGUUCAGGCGCCCAAUGCGUUACAUGCCUUAUUAUUGA